UCGUCUGUCAUUCUUUGCGUGUGAUAACGCGCUCUGCCAAUUACUACCAGAGAGCGCCGAGAGAGAGCAUGCAUUUGAAUCUCUCCAACGGUGGCACUGAAGAUAUCUGGAGAUAUUGGAGCUAGCAGGUGAGGGAAAACGGUUCCACGACGCUCUGCCGUCAUGCGCGGUACGCAAGAGGAAAGAUCGAGCGAGAUAGAGAGAGAGCGAGAGUAUCGGGAAGCUUGCGUGCGUUGCGUGCGUACGAGCGAGAGCGUGUGUACACUGAAAGGACGACAGGACAGCAGUGACAGUAGUGACGCAAUCGUUCCUACCGUGCAUUCCGUUUGCUGGGGACGUUGGAGGGCGUACGGGCGGCAGGAAAGCGCGCAAAGUGGGAAAAUUAGUGGGCCCCGAUGUCUGAUUCGAUUGUCAGACGGAGGAAAAUUCGCACCGUUCAUUCACAACGAGCAGAGCGUUUUCAUCCCAGCGCGCGCGCGUUCGUGUGUGUGUGUUUGUACAAGGUGUGUGUGUGUAAGUGUGCGUUUUACGGUGGAGCACACAUGUGAGUGUGUGUGUGUGAGUGUUUGUGCGAGUUAGAAGAAUCAAUACACUGUACUCUCCGUGUCGUGUCGUGGCUUGCUGCGAUUUGAAAGUAAACUGGAGCUGGUGGAGCUGGUGAGAAGUUAAAAAAAGAAGGGGUCAGUGAAAUUUUCACACCGCCCGACGGCAGGCGCUAUUUGGGUGCGUUUCGGUGAGGUUGAAGCUGUCCGCGCUCGCGUUCACGAAAUGCAGGACGUGCAGUGCGUGUAGGUCCCGCUCCUGCUCGUGAGAGGAUUGUGGAGCGAGUGUGUGUGCGUGUGUGUUUGCUUCUUGGGUGGGUGAGCUGUGUAAGCAUUGGCUGAAUUUCCCACUGUGCUAAAGCAACGGCGCCUCCGGUUCUGGCACCGCCGUGUCCUAUGAGUGUGCGAAGAAGCGUUAAAUCGCAAAGGCUGCACUGGUGACCCGUGUCACCCAUCUUCCCGGGCGGGAGCGUGUCUAGAGGUGGUUGUGUGUGUGUGAAGUGUGAAGAAAUUGUAGCAAAAAUAGUGGCAAAAAGCAGUUGCAAGCAAACCUUUUCAAAGAGAGCAAGCGGGUUUCGUACGAGUGCGGUUUUGGGAAGGAAAACAUCGCCAAAAUGCAGCCUCCACCACGAAAAGGCAAUUACACAAAGUUUCUGAAGAACCUGCACACGGAGCAGCUGGCCAAGCUAGCGCUCAAGAAUCAGAAUGAGUGCGAGCUGCUGGAGGACAUCCGGCAGUUUACGCUCAAGCGGUCCGCCAUCGAGAAGUCAUACAGCGAGGCCCUGCUCAAGAUAUCGUCCGCGUACCUGAACAAAAAGCAGGCAUGCAUACCGGAGAUCAAGAUGGACGGUGCGGAUGAGAAAUGGAACAUGUGGAGCGUGUGGCAAACGGUGCUGGAGGAGAACGAAAAGUUGGCCCGCGCUCGGCUUGCCGCCGUCGAGGUGUUCCAGCAGCAGAUCGCGGACGAGGCGAAGGUGCUCCGCAGCACCAAGCUGAACAGCAGCAAGCGCUGCAUCGAGAACCUUGCCGUGGUGCAGAAAGAGCUGCAAAACUCGGUGACCGACGUGGACAAGACGAAGAAGAUCUACUUCGACGAGGAGCACAGCGCACACGAUGUGCGCGACAAGGCGCGCGACAUCGAGGAGAAGCUGAAGAAGAAGAAGGGCUCCUUCUUCCAGUCGAUCACGUCGCUGCAGAAGAACAGUGCGCGCGUGACGUCGCGCAAGGAGCAGCUGGAGGAGAAGUCGACGGGCGCCCGCAACGACUACAUCCUCAGCCUGGCGGCGGCCAACGCGCACCAGAACCGGUACUUCACCAUCGACCUGCAGACGACGAUGGCGACGAUGGAGAACUACGUGUACGAGCGGGUGGCCGACUAUCUGGCACUGAUCGGCCGCACCGAGCUGCUGACCUGCUCGGCCACGCAGAACUCGUUCGGCAAGAUACGCGACCAGGCGCAGCAGCUGACGCGCGAGUACAACCUGCAGUGCUGCUACCUGUACUAUCCGGUGCUGAAGCAGCACAUCCAGUACGAGUUCGAGCCGUGCGAUAACGAUCAAGUGCGCAAGAUUACGGCGGACCAUGAGUCGGCCGCCGACACGCUUAGCCGCGAGGGCAAGCGCUGGGCGGGUCGGGUGGCGCGCGAAAGCAACGUCAUCCGGGAGUGUGCGCGCAAGCUGGCGGUGUGUACGGCGCUCCGCGAGGCGGGCCACCGGACCGAUCCGAACGACCAGAAUGGGCCGGACCUGGAGACGAAGAUUGAGGAGUUCCGCGAAAACAUACGCAAGUCGGAAAUUGCCAAGGCGAAGGCGGAAGCGCGGCUGGAGUGCUUGCGGAUCGGCGGCAUCAACGUGGACGAAUGGAUACAGGAGGCGGAAACGCUCAGCGUGCAGGAGAUGCCGCGCUCGGCCAGCUCACUGUCGAUGCGCACGGACGCGUCCGGUCAGGGGGAAAAUCCCAGCUCGGACUCAUUCUACGACAGCGACAAUGCGGAGCAGGAUCAGCCCGUCUCGGAGUCAUCGCCCGCACCGAAGCAACCGGAGCCCGCAUCGGACGAGUUUACGGCUGACAGCGAUGAUGAUGAGGAGUUUGGCGUAGAGCAGGAGCGGCAAAAGAUUGAACAGAUUUCCCACGGCUGGGACGAUCCGAUCCAGGUCGACUGGGGCGCGGAAGAGGCGGCAACGGCCGCGGCCAGCAGUCAGGUUGCGUCCCAGGAAUCUUCGACGGCAGCUGCACAGCCACGCGAACCGGCGGGCCAAACGUUCAAGUGCACUGCGCUGUACUCGUACACUGCCCAAAACCCGGACGAGCUAACCAUAGUCGAGAGCGAACAGCUCGAGGUGGUCGGCGAGGGCGAUGGGGAUGGGUGGCUGCGGGCACGCAACUACCGCGGCGAGGAAGGUUUCGUGCCGCACAACUAUCUCGACGUGGAGCGUGACACACCGGUCGAUACGCACACGCCUGCCCAGCUGUCGAGCCAGAUUUCGUUCUCGUCCGUGGACUACACGGUGGACAACGAGGACCAGGAUCCGAUGCAGGACUCGGGCCAAUCGCCGGACCAGAUUUCGGUCAUAUCGGCCCCGCGCAAGGUCAACAAUCAGCUGUACUGUGUGGCGUUGUACGAUUACGAUGCGACCGCUGAGGAUGAGCUGACCUUCGAAGAGGGACAGAUUAUCAAACUCAUCACCAAGAGUCCUCACGGUGUGGACGAUGGUUGGUGGGAAGGCGAAUUGAUGGGCAAGAUCGGUAACUUCCCUUCGCUGGUGGUGGAAGAGUGCGACGAGAAUGGUGAACCGCUGACUGAUGCUGAGGACGAAUCUCCACCACCGUCGGCACCGCCAACGUUCGCUGCCCCGGCACCACCUCCGCCGAUGAUUCUGCAUGAAGCAACACCUCCUGAAGGUCAAAGUCCAAAUUUGACCAACGAGGGACCAGCAAUCGACAAGUUUGAGUUUGAAAUGAACAACGUUCAACACGAGCAGUAUGGAACUCAGUUCUCGGCCCCGCCACCAUCACAGCCUCCACCGGUUGUUAUCUGUGAGGAUCCGGAGGCCGAGGAGGCCGCUACCAUGGAGGAGGAAUCUCGACAAGGGGCUACCGCAUCAGUCGCGGCCGCAGCGGCACCAGCAGCAGCACCAGCAGCUACUGCUAGUGCCGGCGACAGCAACCAGCUCAACUUUGCGCAGAUCAUCGUCACGGCCGCUACCCCGAUGCACGACGAGCCGGACAAGAAGUUCCUGCCGACGGAAGAGGCACCGACGGCGGAUGACGCCGAGUCGGAGAUUGUGGAAAAGCAGGAGCAGGAGAAGCAGGAGAUAAGCGGUAAGCAGAAAUCUCACGAGCCCGAGGCGCCCGAAAAGCCACCGACGCCACCGACGGCACAGGAACCGGCGGCCAAACCGAAAUCCGCCCCGCCCAAGCCGGCCAAACCGCCGUCACCGCCCAAGCCGGAAAAACCGGCCACCGCUCCGAAACCCACCAAUGUGGCCGGCAAGAGCCCCUCGGCCAAGAAGCCGGAACGGGUACGGCCGUCCGCGGUACCGGAGCCGGAGCCAGAGCAGGAGGCGGCGGCGGCCCCGAUUGAGGAUCCGGUCGCACCGUUCGGGGAUCCGGGUGCACCGUUCGAGACGAACUUUGAGGCAAACUUUGAGGCCGGGUUUGCGGCCAACUUUGAUGAUGCGUUCGGGCAGUCGAGCAGUCCGCCCGAGGUGCCGAAGCAGGUGGUCGGGGGCCGGGCAAGCAUACCGGAGGAGCUGGAGCCGCAUCAGCUCGCAAGGCUGCAGAAUCUGAAGGAAUCGAACGCAUAAGGCGCCGGUGAGAGGACGCGUAGAGUGGACGGUAUCAGUGCGCGGGGAGGUAUUGUGAGCAGGAGAGGGGACGAGCAGAAGAUGGGAGGACACACACACACACAAUUACACGAAGUGGUUAAUCGUUUACCGAUGCCGAUGCACUGUACAACGGCACCGUUCAAAACCGUUCUGUGGACGUCAGAGGAGAGCCGCGGCCAUGCAAAUCAAAACUACAAUCUGCUGCAACAAUCAUAAUACGUAGGGUAUUUUGUGCAAAACUCAAUGGUGAAUGGCAAACGGGGGCCAUGUUCAAUUGUGAGAGAUUCAUUUUUAAUCGUUGUAUGUGUGAGUGUGUUUGUGUGAAUUGGAACGGUCGUCCAAAUGGGGUUUUUCGUUGUUGCUGUAAGUCAUUGUCAUUGUCAUUAUCGUUGUCGUGUCAGGUAUACAGAUGUUAGGAGAACGUCGUCCAACGGGAUAUUUAGUGUACUAAUCAAGAUCAAAGCUGCUAAUGCAUUUAGAUCCCAAACAAAUAGCAUCACCAUUACCACUACUACUACCACUACUUUGCCGUCUGAUAAGCGUCAGACGGCUGGUUAGGCUUCCUUUGCGACGUGGACGAUGGGGGUUUGCCUUUGUGAUAAUAAUGCAUUUUAAGUGGUGCCGUCUCGCCGGCUUUCAGCGGACGACCAAAUUCGACCAAUCUACUAAGAAAACUAUGAUAGACCGUAUCUUUCCCCACUCUCUUCUACCAAUAUGGUAUGGUUAAAACGCGACACGAAAGCUCAUUGCCGUAGCGAUGAAGCUUUGUGUCGUAAAAGGAUUGAAAUAAUUCGCAUUUUUUUUCCCAGCUGAUCUACCCGGCUGGAGCGGACAUUUUCCCCACAUAGUUUAACAUAUCACAGUGGAAGCCAUUCGUUGCGUUGUUUCAUUUGAAAGUAACGACCAAAAUCAUGCCCAUACUCUCACUAAUCUCUCUCUCUGUACUGCACCUUACACCCGUCCCGAUUGUGUAGAUUCGAUUCCACCACGAAUCUCCCAACAGCUGCACUCUUCCAUUCUGUCCCAGGCUCUUGCAAUGUGUAUAGUAGAUUCCUUCCUUGUGCGUUUUCAAGCAGAGAUAAAGUAAACCCUAUUGCCUACUAUAUCGCGUUAUCCUAUUACGAAAUAAAUUAGGUUUGAAGUAAAACAACGCUCGAUGUCGUCGUGGGGUGGUGAUACAGGAAGAGUCACCGGAAGUCAUCCACACACACACGCCCCGACUUACGACUGUAAGAUUUUAGACUACUUAAAGCCUCUUGGUUCGUGAAAACAAGGGCAAAACUAUACUCAUUAGUCAAAUUCCACACGAAACUCACCGGAACAGCAUCACAGUGUUGCCGUUAUGUAUUAGCGCGCGCGUGUGUGUGUGUGUCUGAUGGAAACACAAUCCUCUAAGCAUUAUAUUGCCGAACGUACAAUAAUUACUCGAUCUACAAUUCACGGGUAGGAAGAGAUGGUCGCUAGCAGAGCGGCCAUUACACCACCAUUACCUUUCAUAUACAUACAUAUAUAACUGUAUCUAUAGUUUGCGUUGCGCUUAGAUAACCGAAUGUUGUUCAUGCUUCGAUGUUUCGUUCGGCAAACGAACACACCAACCGUUUUGUCUUGGUUCUAGGAGCGCAUUUAACGUUGGAAAAAGAACACUAGAAAGCAAGCGUAAGCCGCAGAUGAGUUUCAUUGCACCAGCAAUCAGCUGUGUAACUAAAGCGACAAAGUUUAAGAAAAAAACAGAGUAUUAUUUACUACUACUAGGCUAUCCUAUUGCAAUACCAAAAAAAAAAAACAUAUUCCAAUGCAUUGUUCUAGUGCACACUAGUGACACAGUAUCUAAGUACUGGUAGGUUCUUUACUGAGAUACAUAAAAACAAAAAACCAUACACAAUCGUAUCGUAAUGCUGACAGUGGGAGCAUUUGGUCAAGGGUCCCCCAUAUACCAUUUAGAGGCAAUUUAGAGUGACUUGCAUGCUCUGCAACACAACAUGCCUGCGCUGUAGAAACGUUAAAGAAAAGGCCUUUCCAAUAAGAUUCUAAUAAUACGCACUACAAUCUAAAGCAAACGUUAUGAUUUACCUUGAUACGCGUUGAAUGUAGAAAACUCCUGUUAUAACACCACCCAACACUAAUCAGCCUUCAUACUCUGGUAGCGGUUGAAUUGACUCUCUCAUAGCUUCAAAACCCAUCGACGUUCUGUGUGGAAAAGUGAGAAACCUUGGCGAGAGAGACAUCCCUUGACGCGCACAAAAUCACGCUUGCGCCCGGUACUGUAAGAUACUAGUAGAAGCAACCGUUAAAGGAACAAAUCACGAAAA